ACAAACAAAAACAAAAAACAAAGGUUAGCAACGCUGCGCAAACGCUGCGCAAACGCUGCGCAAACGCUGCGCAAACGCUGCGCAAACGCUGCGCAAACGCUGCGCAAACGCUGCGCAGUAUAGCAGUCUCGAAUACGACAGGUUGAAGUUUCCCCAACACGGAAGUUGAUACGUCACCGGGUUCCCAACAUGAACUAUAUUUCGAGCCUUUUCGAUUUUGUUUGAUUUCAUUUAGGAAAAGGAACAUUAUGUCAUAGUCUUUACAAUGAAAAUGCGUGGCAAGUUUCGUGAUGGACUGUGGAAGAUUUAUAGUUUUGUGUCUGCGUUCGAGUUUACGAGUGGGGUCGUGUUUGUAGUCACAUUAUCUUGUGUCCUGAGCAUCGUUACGAAUCACUUCAACAUUUCGGGACAUACACUAAGUCUGGAAUCCAGCGUUGUUCUCAACGGCCAUGUUCACAAACUUCUCACCUACUGCUUUUACCAUAAGGAUGUGGAACACCUCUUUCUCAGUGUGGCUGUGCUAGUGUCGUUUUGCAGUGGAUUAGAGAAAGGAGUGGGCACAGUGCGAUUCCUACACCUUUUACUUUUUCUGGUCACUUCUAUUGGCGUAAUACAUGUACUACUGGAACUGUUGUUGUUUUCUCCAUCUACAAGGAGUUCAGUUUCAGGCCUAAUCCCAGCUUCUCUCGCCAUGCUGGGCAUGGUGACCAUCAGUUCCCGCAUGAGGAAGGCAUUCCUGCUAGGCUUUACUGUGCCCACUGCAGCUCUUCCCUGGCUCCUGAUGCUCAUUGUUUAUCUCUUUAUCCCAAAUACUGUGUUCUUAUGCAAUGUCCUGGCUGUAAUUACUGGGCAGAUGUAUGGCAUGAAAUGGUUUUCAGUGUUUCAGAUGUCUGAGUCCAAAGCGUGUGUGUUUGAGAAGAUGGUGCCAUUCAGAUUGCUGAAGAAAAUAACAUGGGUGCAUUUUGUCCCUGCAUCCGCAGGGGAGCGAAAAAAAAUCCUGCACACUAUAUGCAGCCCAUCACCUGGCUCAUACCCUGUCCAGGCUUAUGCUCCAGCAUCUAUGUUUGCUUCUCAAGCCAAAGGAAAUGCUCUAAGCAGCGUAGAUGGUUGGUCACAUCCAACCAUUAUCCAACAGAACUACACAAUACCUUCUCUAAACCCUGGAUAUAGCAUUGGGCCCAGAUUUGGAUCCAGCCAUGGACAUACACAUGGACAUGACUGUGGACAUGGGCACAGUCAUCAAUAUCAGGCCAGCGAUUUUUGGAUGCCAAAGUUUCCUUAUGCCCAUUCUCAUUUUAGCCCUCAUAUGAAUAUGGUUGUACAGUCUUUUGGUAACCCAUCACACACAACAGUUCAAGCCGACUCUGUGGCAUCUGUCCCCGUGCUCUCCACUUAGCAAUGUCCACCUGAGUGGAGCAGUCCACCCAAAAUGUAAAAUAAAAAUGAAUAUAGUGAUGCCGACCCAUGAUAACAGUUGGAGGGCCUUAUACAGGCACUCUGUAGCUAAGAAUAACAAGCCAGCCAUGAAUCAAUGUAACUUUUGAUUUUGUGAUGCUGUACUACAAGCUGAUAUAGGGUGAGUUUACUUUUUCUUUUUUUGUUAUUGUUGCUUUACUAUCUUACUCAAAAAUUUUUUACUCAUCAGUGUGUAAGAAAUACUGCAUUGCAAAAAAAAGUAAAAACAGAUUUAUACAUGAAAAUAUAUAUAUUUAAAAAAGUAUGCAUAUAUUUAUAUACUUAUAUACUUGUAUACUUAUAUUUACAUACAGUCCCCUCUGAAAGUAUUGGAACUGCUAAACAAAUAAUUUUGUUUUUGCUAUACUGAAGAAAUUUGAGGUUAGUUGAAUAUGAAAUAAUAGAUCAGAAUUUCAGCUUUCAGUUCCUGAUGCCUCAUUAUUGACAAACAUUGUCAUUAGAGCUGCUACAACUAAUCGAAAAAAUUGACAAUAAUCGAUUAUGAAAAUCGUUGUCAACGAAUCUCAUUAUCGAUAAGUCGGUCUGCACGCGGCACCAGGUACAUUUACUCAUUAUGUUACUUCUGUUCCAAAAACACGCUUCGGAGAGUAAAUACUAAAGUUGUGUCCCAAAUGACGUACUAUACACCUACAUUAUGCACUGUGUACUCUACCGUCUAGUGUAUGAAUUUUAGAAAGGUAAUAUCAUCUCAAAUGGGACACUUUUUUUUGUUGUUGUUUUUUACUAACCGCUAAAGUUUGUGUAGCAGGGAUGCACGACAGUGAUACACAAGCACAAACUUAUGUUUAUAUCCAAAAUGCUCCACUGUGUGUAAGGGGCAGGGGAAACUGGUGCGAGUUGCUUAAAAGGUUUAGUUUUAUUUAAGUUUAUUGUUAUUAUAUGCUGUAUUUGUAGUCAGUGUAAAUUCUGUUGUUUAUUAUAACGGAAGUGAUCUGUUAGUAAUAAGGCCGUGUUGCUCCUCACUUGCGGUGUAGACGCAGUGAUGCAAGUACAAUCUGUAAUGUCUCAUUAAAAUACUAUGAGCAAAAGUAAACACAAGGAAAACAAUAUGCCUAAAGACAGUAACAGAAGCCACAAGGUGCAAUAUAUAUAUUAAUUUAGGACUGUAGUUUAAUUGUGUUUUUUGCGCAUUCAUAAAAAAUAAUGCAUAAAUACUAAUAUAUAUAUAUUUCUCUGCACACUUGACAUGUACAUGGUACUCUGUCCUCAUUCUCCUCCUAAUUGGCUGUCAAUAAAUAUUUAUUCGGAGGCAAAACAAAGCUGAAAGGAAACAGAAAAGCAAUGGACUGUUGGAAAAGUGGCAUCAUCUUCCAGAUAUAUAUAUAUAUAUAAGUAUUUAUGCAUUAUUUUUUAUGAAUGCGCAAAAAGCACUGAAUUAAACUACAGUCCUAAAUUAAUAUAUAUUCUGGUGUGUGUCUGUGUGUAUUGGGCUCUUUUCAGUCUUAUAUAAUUGGACAAACAGUUGUGUAAAGUUUUAGUCUGAAGUUUAUAUUUGUAACACUCAGUUGUGGAUCUUAUUUUAUAUAUA